GCAGCAGCGGCAGCGGCUCCGGAGUUCACCCCCUUCGCCUACCAACCAAGCUCCAACAAGAAGUCGCACACCACCAAACGAAACCCCCCAAGACAAGCAGGAGCUCGAGCCGCGAGCGCUCAACCAGUCAACCUCUUAAUCCAGAGAUCUCGCGCCCUCUCCCGGUCUACCGCCCCACGGUCGCCGGGCAAUGGCGACCGACGCGAUCCUGGAGACGAUCAAGCCGCGGCGGAGCGAGGACGAGCAGCUCCCGGUGACCGCCGCGGGCGGUGCCGGCGCCGGCGGCGGGACCGGGCUGCGCCGGCGCAUGUCGUCCCUGUCGGCGCGCUUCGGACCGUCGCUGUCGUCGGCGCCGUUCCGGCGCGCGCAGUCGAUGCCGUCCGUGAAGGCGCUGGCGGCGGCGGGCGCGCUGCGGCGGUGGUGGGAGUGGGGGCUCGGGUGGGUGAUGGCGCGGCGCCCGGCGUUCGCGCGCGGGCUGGACAUGACCGACGACGAGGCCGCGGCGCUGGGCGGGUGCCAGUGCCGCGGCACGUGGCGGCACGUCCUGUACAGGGUGCGCGCCGGGGCGCGGCGCCUGCUGGGGCGCGACGGCCGGCCGCUCAAGGCCGCCGCGCAGCAGGGCUUCCGGUACGACUCCGUCAGCUACGCGCAGAACUUCGACGACGGCGAGGCGUGACCUGACCGCCGAGAGGAGCAGGAGGAGGAGGGGAUCGAGCCGAGCCGGGGAGGGUUCUGCUGCUUCACCCGCGGCCGUCGUCGUUGCGAGCCUGCUCGAGUCCUUCGGCGCGGCAUUGCUUGUUGUAAGCUGCAAUAAAGCAACUGAUUUUGUGGUAUAUACAAACGGAAUCUGUCUAUGAUAUAUGGCUUGUAUGAAGGCAUGGGUCGAUCUGGAAGAAAGAUGAUCGAUCGAUCGUUCGUUGCUGCAAGCUUUCCGUUCU